ACAACACUCUAUAUAUAUAUAUAUAUAUAUAUAUAGAUUAAUUAGAAGUUAAAAUUAGUAGUGAAAUUAAAUGGCUAUUAAGAGCUAUCCACGCAGUGCUCCUAGCGAUGGGAAACUAGACAUGACGUUGGAAGUGUUCAAGAAAUUUGUGAGGACUUAUGAUGCAGAUAGGGACGGCAGAAUAAACAGGGAAGAGCUCCAGGAAGCGAUCCACGCCAUCGGAGGGAGGCUGUGCUGGUUCAAAGGCCGCCAGGGGAUGAAGGCCGCCGACGGCAACGACAACGGCAACGGCUUCAUCGACGAUAACGAGAUGGACAAGCUCGUCGACUUUGCUCAGAAGAACUUGAACAUCCGGAUCGUCACCUACUAUUAACUCCCGCCGCCGGCCGCUUUCAUUAUAUAUAUUUGCGCGCUUUAUUUAUAUAUGCAAAUUGAAUAAAUAAUUCAACGCUUUCGCAAACACCGCCGCCGGAAUUUGGAUCAA